CAUCACUAAAUUGAAAUUGCUAAAAGAACGACCACGGAAAAAUCUUUUGACCAAAACAAUGAAACCCUAACCCAAACCACGACUUUUAUGAAAUCUCAAUCUUUUGCUCCAUCUCCGCUUUUACGCUAUAUAAGUGCUUUUCCCGCCCUUUGUUGACUGCAAGCUGCUGUGGCCAACUGCUGGAGUUCGGCGUGUACUUAACUGUUCCUCGCGCACCAGCAGCAACGCAGCGCAAGAAACAAAAAAAGAAAUGCGCAGGACCCCCGCGGCCAUGAUCUUCAAACAGGCGACCGUGAAGAUGUGGUCAGCAGCACUCUACAACUCCGUCGUGGGCGGCUACAUCAACUUUGGCUGCGUGAUUUUUUCCCAACAGAACCUCCUGACAGCACACGCACUCUCGGUUCCGUCGGUGACGCGGACGACCAGCAAGUUUGACGACGACCACGAACAACCCGGAGCUGCAGCAGGAGGUGGUGCUGGACUAAUUCAGCCUGCUCCCGUUGUUCACGAAGAACAUCAUGCUCAACUACACGACGAAGCAGAGUUUGCGGACGAGGUCGAGGAGUCGGAGGAACAUCUCCAGAACGCUGGGACGAGGAGUGCUGUUGAUCUGCCGGAGAACAAGAACAUGAUCCGUACAACAACUUCCACUAUGCGAGGACGACCGUCGUCCUUUCUCCGACGCGCAAGGGCUUCUUCGACUGCAACGUGGUCCACGUCGUCCCAGGCUGCAUCAUCUUCCAGUUUCCUUACCCGGAACAAGCAGCUUCGUGGGGCUCGUGCUCGUCGAGGACAAAACAUGGAAACAACCACGACGAACAAAGCCGAAGCUUCUGUCCCAAGCUUCGAGGAGGAAUUUUCGCCCGAAGCAGAUUUUACGGACGAGGAACGAGUUGAUUUGCUGGAAACAACGAACAAGAACAUCAACCCGCACGAAGAUGCAGUUGCGUGGGUCGUGGUGCAUGGCGACACCACAACUGCCACCUCCAAGAGGACGAAGGCCGAAGAUCACUUUGCCGUCGUGGAGGAUCAUCCUCGACCGCGGUCUUUCGUUUCGACGGAAAGGAAGAUGAACAAGACACGGCAACAUGAUGUUGGUGAACAAGAGCGCCGGAAGGGGGCAACAAGUGCUGCUGUGCUGGUCGAAGAACGAAGACAUCAACACAAGCAACUGCCUGACGAGGAGUUCCAUUUCGAUGACGAGUUCGCGGACGAAGCCGAUUUCGAAGAAACGGGGGCCCUCGACGUCAAGAUGAGUACUGGGAGCAGUGCUUCUACUUCUCCUUCUCCUUCUUCUAGCCGCGGCCGGCCAGCUUCUUUCGGCAAGAAGAAGAAGCUCAAGGCGCGGCGGGACAAAAAUCUUUUUCGCGGUCAAGAUUCGCAUUCGGCAAACGAGAAAAUCAAAAUGUUGAUCGCCGGUUUGGGCACGACUGGUCGUGCGGUCAACGAGACCCUCACGACCAAUCACACGGAAAGUAGCGGAGCUCCUGCCGGCGAAGUUGAUGUGGUUUCCUCGUCUUUUUUGACUCUGGCACACAAGAAGAUGAAACAAACCUCGGAAGUGGUGCUGCUCUACGUCCUUUACUUGCUAUCACAGAUGACAUCAAACUCAUGUAUUCUAUUUUGUUCAGACCGAGCUUUUUAUUGGCUUGCUUGGGCAAGGGGACUCGACUCGUGCGUGAGAGUGAAGGGGGAACAAGAUGAUGCGCACAUCAGCGCUCAGGCACGAUUGGAUUUUGAUUUGCAUAUAUACCAUUUUGGGAUCGCGCCUACUUACCAGAAAAAAAAAGUGCGAUAGAAGCCACUCUUUCUCGAUAAUUCACCCAGCAGCAUGCAAGACCGCGGUAAGUAGUAUGUCUGUUAACGACACGUACACGACCUCCAUGCAGGAGAGAGGGUGAUGUACUGCUUUGAAAAUAAAAGGAAACGUAGAAUGCAGCGCUUGUCCCGCAUUGUUCACUCCCACCAUUCUGCAAGAUGCACUUAGGUCGAUGGUUUAGGAUUUUGAAUUUGAAGCUGCAAGCCAUCCACCCCGAAGUCAUCUUUCAGACUCAGAGAUGAACGCUUCGUUCUGGUGGUGCAACUGCUCAUGGGACCACAUGCGUACUCCUCAUCGGAAAUGCGUCUAUGCUUGUGGUGGUGCACGUGAUGAUCGUUAUAGACGACUAGUAUAAGUAAAGUAGAUAGAAGAAAAAAAGUAUAUCUAUCAGCAUGCUUUAUCGACGUAUGUAUCAGAUUCAGGAAAUUGAAAUAAGGUUGUCAUCUGUGAUACCAGCAAGUGCGCGACAAUCUGACUUACCUCCGGCAGUGGGCGGCAUUUUUCCGCAAAAUCUCGGGGCUGAACAUUGGGCGCAUGGUGAUGACGUCGGCCGCGGAGGGCGUUACAGCAACCACUGCUGCGACUGGACAAGUGACUUCACUUCCGCAGCUUGGUCCUGCUCACGUCGUGGCACCAGGCUUUUCUUUCGGCGACCUGGUAACGCUUCGUACCUUCGAGGAGCAUCAUCUACUUCCGAAGGUGAAUGCAAGUAGUACUGAACAACCACUAGACUCACCAACACCCUCCUGCUCGGUCACCCAGUCGAAAACGUCGCUCGAGAACCAGAGCUUGCUGGGGGGACGCCUGUACUAUCCAAUGCAAAUAUGUCUGGGUCUGGAAAGAAUGGAAUUUGUGAUGCAAAUUUUGGAUUCUACAAAAAUUUCAAUUUGUAUUGCGUCAGAACCAAGAGUAGUACAGUUUUUGCUACGCGGAGGGGGCAUUUGUCAUGCGGUAUAGGCAUCAGGAAGCCAUUACAAGAUCUGUGAUGCUAGGGCAUACAUCACAGGCAUCACGCGCCAUGCAAAACAUGCGUGACAAAUAUCGCAAUCUCCCAGACCCAGACGUAUUUGCAUUUGAUAUGUACCGCGUUGUGGCGAUCUUCAACAUGAUUCUGGACACUGCGCGCAACCAGCAUCUUUCUCUCCGUCUGCUGCCCAUUCGGACGGUUGGCGACUUCGCCAAAGAAGGAGAUUGGAGUGAAGAACCGAUUCGGGUGCCCGCGUGGAAGGUCCGGAAGGUUUUUUCCGAAGCUCUGCCACCGAAGCAGACAAUGUUGACGCACAACAUCGACAUCGACAUCCCGUCUGGGAAAGGUUUUUUCGAACGGCUACUACCACCGAAGCACGACGACGGGACAAUGACGCACAACUUCUACUACCCGUCUGGUAGUCCUCGUGGUGUCCGCAUUUUCAUCGCGAACAAAGGGAUUUUCCAGGUCUUUCCGAAGGUGAGUGAUCCUGCGGGGGCCACGACGGGAAAAAAAGGCACUUCCUUCCUUGUGCGGCACGACGACCAGUUUCUGGCGAAGUUGGACAACGUUUUUCUCCCGAACCUGAAGAAGCACAUCGAAGCCGCGCUGACGCAGAUUUUCGCACGAGAGGCGAAGGAGUUCAUCGCGGAGCGGGAAAAAUCCCUGCAGGCCGGCUUUCUGAGCAAGCGGUUUUUCCUCAAGUCCCGGCUGCGCAGGUUGCCGAAAACGAUGGAAAAACGCGCGAGGGAGGCCGUGACGAAGUUCGGCCAUUUGUUCGACACGGCAGUGCGUGUCAUGCUGCGGCCGGCCCUCGGGCGGGCCGCGGAGGUGGCGGCGGAUUUAUCUUUUUCGGCUCAAAAUGAUGAUGAUGCCGCAACGACGGAAGCUCUGAAAGCGCACGAAGUUCUUCUGUUCCCGAUCCAAAACGACCAGAUUUUCCUACCGCCGGGCUUCGACGGUCUUCUUGGCACCAACACCCGUGGCCGGUUGCACCAGAACACGGAAGGAACUACAAUUGUUCCCUCCAAGGAUGAAGAUGCGCUGCUGGACGCUUUCUCCGAACAAAUUGCGGAGUUUUAUCUCGUGGAAAAAUAACUACGUCCCCACCCUAUACGUAGUCAGGUAAGGAACUCUUACUCUGCGACACGAUUUCUCAAGCACGACAACUUUUUCUCUGUAUUUUUGUAGUGCAGGUAUACUAGUAGCAUUACUAAUAGCAAAAGGACCGGAAGCCAGUUCCUUAUCAUGUUCUCAGCAUUACAAAUUAUUGCAAAGCACCACUGCCAAUGCCCCCUCAAAUGGAAGUGCGCAUGACAAGUCUUUCGGUAACAAUCGCAAACCUGCACCACAACAACUCGGGUAUGGGACGACGUUUUUUGCUCGGGAUAGGUUUGUGGCGAGUCGGCUUGAGGCGGUGUCGGCGGGGUUGAAAACGCGAGCGCUCGAAGAAGCGAAAAAGGAGCACUCGGUGUUUGAUGUUCCAAAAGCUGUGUGGCGCGAAGGGACGCGCUUUGAUCCGGAAAAAGCUUUGUUUGGCGAAGCCUCCUCCUUGCUUGAUGUGGUCACCAUGUUGCCGUGGCAGCUCCCGCUGGUGAAAAAACAGAAACAAGCGGGGGACCUUCAGCAGGGCCACGGGAAGCUCGUUGACAAGAAAAGCAGUUCAUCCAAGACGACGGAGCAGGCGGCAAACCCUGACUUUCUUUCCAUUGUGACAGACGUGAUGGUGUCGGGUCUGCGGGAGCAUGCGGCGGAGUACAAAAAGCACUACGAGAACGCAGCGGGAGAGAAGAACGUGCAGGUGCGCAUGGUGUUCCAAGCGCUCUCCUUCCUGUUCGGGUUCGACCCCUCGGUGGUGCUGGAUGCGAAAUGCGAAAAUCCUGACCAGCAGGAGGCCGAUGAAGCGGAGUCAUCCAAUGGUCGUGGCCCUGCUGCCGUUUCCGCCAUGCAACUUCUUGCCGAACAAGAUUCAACAUCUCCUUCCGCUGCUUUCACGUCCCUGGAAGACGUCGUCGAGGUCAAGGGACCUGGUGCAGCUGCUGUCGAGCCGGAAGUUCCAGAUAAUAAAGCUGCUGAACAAAAAGCGCAAGAAUAUCAUCAAGCUGGCGACGGCCAGAAGGGCACGAACAACACCGAACAAGCCGAUGCUGGUCCCUCCACGAACAAAACCGAACAAGCCGAUGCUGGUCCCUCCACGAACAAAACCGAACAAGUAUUGAGAUGCAAAAUCCCCCCUCCCCAUAUCAAACCGAAGUUUCUGAUGCUGGAUUUGCGUACACAAAUGAGGUCUGUUUUGCAGUAGAAGAUUGCAGGCAGAUUCUCAGCCUGUUGGGAACCGUAAAGGUCUAGCUUUUUAGCAUGGGAGACUCCUGCACUGCAGGCCAGAUCGCAUGACAAAUUUCCUCCAUAAUGCGGCGCAUCCCUCGGCAUUUGCCUUCUAGCAUGACAAAGAUGAUUUGUGACCACAAAUGUGCAUCACAAAUUUUCAGAAGUACGCAUUUUCAAUAUGGGGAGGGGGGAUUUUUCCUCACAAUAACAAGACGGCCCUCCACAACUACCAGAACAAAAAGAAGACAACGUCGCGCCGGCUUCUGGUUGGGAGACAGCGAAGUCGGUGGUGAAAAAAACCUACCAUGGAGUGAAGACCGUUGUGCUAGCGCCCUUUCGGCUGCUCAAGUACUUGUGGACCAUGCUGUGCAAGGGGGUCACGCUCGGCCUCGCGCUGGGCAUGGACUUCGUGUUUGGAAUGGUUCACUCGGAGGCAGUCGCGACAGUUUCGCAAACAGUGGACCCGAAGAGGAGAAUUGCGAUGCUGCACGACCAAAAACUGCAGUACGACGCCAGCAACACAGAUCAUCGCCCUUUUUUCAACGCGAUGUGGGAGUUCUGGUAUGGGGAACCACAGCUGGUGGAAGAGGUGGUUGAGAUCGAAGUCGAGGACGACGAAGAGGACGACGAUGCCACAAAGGGGGCGGAGGUGGGAACAAAUUUGACGAGCCAAGUCCAAAACAGGACUGGCGAGGGGGUGCACGAGAGCGGCGUUCUUCUAUCUAUGUGAACGUUGAAAUUGGAAUUGCGGAUGCCAUCAUGGUUUAUUUCAAGAGAAGGGGGCUGUCCGCGAGGUGGUGGAGGGGUUUUGUGAUGAAACAUGUACUCGGGUCUUGAAAACUUUCAACUUUGACAUAACAUCAAUUUACUAUCGCAUUUUUUGUCAUGGACAAGAUCAAUACAAUGUCAUACUCGUUACUCUUCAUCGAGCUACUUUCUUCAAAAAAUUACUGACGCAGACUUUUAGGUUUAUUAUCCAGUUCCUACUCACUAUUCCCGUUCUUAGAGGAAUUUUAAUUUCGUUUUCGAAAUGAAAAUAGCAUGACAUCGAAUUCUUGCAUCUUCAGGAGAAGUAAGUAUUUCUCUAUCCGAUCGAGGUAAUGGCCUACUUAUCACAAUCUAUUCGAAGACGAAAUAUGGAUUGCAUGCAAUCCUAUUUCACACAAAAAUUAGAGUUCCAUGAGUCUUUCUAAUUCUACACGUAGUUGAUCUGCGAUUUCCUCCGGAGUCGGAAAUCCAGGAAGAUCGCUUACUUUUAGUUGACAACACAUCGCAUUCGCAUACAUGAUUUUCGAGUAAGUUUAUCAUGUUGAGCUUGAAAUGAUAAAAUCAAAUUGCUGCAGGUUGGCGUACAAUUGAAAUUCCUCGCGGCAUCCACUUUCAGGCGUUGGAGCAGCAUCCAUUUUCAGGUCGGGAAAAGGUGAAAC